AUGCUCGGCGCUGUGAGGGCACCCCGGCCGCGGGCUCCCGGCGGUGCCCGGCGCUGUGAGGGCUCCGGGCCUCCGUUCGGGGCCGUAACCAGGCGGAGCUCCCGGCCAUGGGAGGGCUGCGAGCGCAGGAAGGCGGAGGUGCGGCGAGCGCAGUGUAGCAGUUUGCCUGCUGAGCUCUUUGGGUGGUACUGGGCAGGAUCCUCAGAGAGGUUAAGUUAUGGAGCUUCCUGUUUUACAGAGUGUGCAGGACACAGUGCAUCAUACUUCCCCAAAAGAGCUAGAUACAGCUACAGGUACUCAGCAGUCACCAACACAUUCCUGCAGGGAAAUAGUUACAAAAGCAGUGGCAUCUCUCUGGAGAGCACAGUGAUCAUUGAAGUAUUGGGGAAUUGCCAGAUGGUUUUGAAAGUGCAAGAUGUACAGAUUAAGAAAAGUUUUGCAUCCAGAGAGGAGUCUCUGAUGGAAAUGGAGAGUCUAAGGAAAAUACUAGAACAGCAUCCUCUUCAUUUUUCUUUCCGUGAUGGGAAAGUUCUGAAGCUCUGUCCUGUGAGGGGUGAGGAGACCUGGGCACUGAACAUCAAGCGAGGCAUGCUCAGUGUGCUGCAGACAGAGCCAGAAUUCUCUGCUGGUGCUGUUGUUGAGGAGGUGGAUGUCCUGGGAAUCUGCCCAACCAGGUAUCAGCAAAAGGGCCCCAUUCUUGUAAAGACAAGGGACUUAAACCUCUGCUCCCAUCGCUCUUCUGGUUUGACUUCUGUGCAGUCUGUUGUUCUUCCUCACGUGUCAUCUGAACAGCAGAUUGUGUCCUCCCAGCUGGAAUGUGUCCAGAGCAUCAGGGAUGGGGUCCUGGAGGAGGCCAAAUGCAGCGAGUCCGAGCGCGCGAGGCUGUUCCCUCAGCAGGGCAGCGGGGCAGAGACGCAGACACGGUCUGUGCUCACACUCAUGCACGUGGAAACAGAGACACUCUACAGUAAAGGGGGCUCUGAGGAUCUGUAUGUGACUGACAUUCUCUAUGAAAGGGAGGUAACUAAGAGGGAGGUCACUGGAGCAGAAGUGACUGAACUGGUGUGGAAGCUUUGCUUAGCACACAGUGCAAGUUAUGAGACUGCAGACCUUUUCAUGACUCUCGUGUUUGAGCUUCGACACCUUUCCCUUGAGGCCUUAAGGGCACUAUGGCAAAGAUCAUCAUUCAAGUGCAGAGACAAUUGGCAACCAUUAAUAGAUGCUCUCCCAUCUUGUGCCACAGAGGCAUGUGUUGUCCUAAUGAAAGACCUCAUAGCUUCUGGAGAAGUUGAGGAAGACAAAGUAGAACAUUUCUUCUGGUCAUUUGCAUUCAUUCCUAAUCCCACUUCGGGCAUGAUUGAAUCUCUUGCUCCUUUGCUGAAGUCACCUAGAGCAGGCCAGAGCUGCUUCUUGGGAGUAACUGCUCUUGUACAUAGGUUUUGUUCAGCUCACAGCUCCUGUGGUGUUAUACCUGCUGUGCAGAGUGUGAUGAGGACUCUUGGGAAAUUUUUGGGAGGAAACUGCACCGUGCAAAAUCCAGAACAUCUCAGCAAGCUGCAGCUGGUGCUGAAAGCCAUCGGGAACGCGGGGCUGGCAGCGGCUGCGCUGGCUCCUGCUCUGAGCUCGUGCGCGGCCCUCAGGAGCCAUCCCAUGGAAAUCCGCCUCGCCGCCGUCCAGGCCUUCCGGCGCAUUCCCUGCUCCCUCAGGAAUGCUAUAUUAGUUCAGCUGUAUCAAGCGACCAGCGAAGAUGUGGAAAUAAGAAUUGCUGCUUAUUAUAUAGCAAUGAAAUGUCCACAUGAAGAGUUAUUUAAACAAGUACAAAAGACUUUGCUGAAAGAAACAUCCAGCCAAGUGGGCUCCUUUGUUUGGAGUCAUCUCACUCAGCUCCUGGAGACAGAUGACCCCUUGAAGGAGCACCUUCGAGAUUCUAUUCCUGAUGAAAUCCUUAGCAAAGAUUUUGACUGGGAGAUGUGGAAAUAUUCCUCAUACUCUGAUGUCACGUUUCACUCAGCUGGUGCAGGUGCAAAUAUGGAAGCAUCAGUGGUCUUUUCUCCUACAUCUUUUCUACCACGAUCAGUCAUGACAAAUUUGACUGUUCACUUCAUGGGACAGGCUAUAAAUCUCCUGGAGGUUGGUGUACGAUUGGAGAAUGCUGAAACUCUCAUAGAGAAGGGGUUUGGGCCAAAAUCUUCUACUUUCAGUGACUAUUUUUUUGGAAACACCAAAGAAGGAAACCACAAAUCAGAAACUCCAGUGGAGACAGCAGAAGAGGUCAAGCAGAGGAACCCGACUUUGAAGCGAUACAGCCCCACUGAUCAUCUUGUGAGCAAGUCUGGCAAGCCAAAGCUGAGAAAAACAAACCAAAACUGUCUUGGUAGAAAAUACAGUAAGAUGAAUGAAUUAGUCAAAAAGUUCACUGAGAGGACAGUAAGAAAGGAGGCGUUGAAAUGUGAGCUAAGCAUGAAAAUCUUUGGAAAUGAACUUAGCUUCUUAAAUUGUGAAGAUUUAAGAAAACAAAUGAAACAUUAUUCCUUAAAUCUGGCUGAGUUGGCUGUCAAACUUCUGAAGGGGCAGGAGGUCCAGUUUAAUAAAAGGAUGAGCUUGGCCACUGAAGAGCUGCAGUUUCCAGCAAUUUCAGGCUUUCCUGUUCAGCUGGCAGUCAAUGCCUCAGCAGCAAUCAACAUAAAAAUCAAAGGGAAUGCUGAUUUCAAACAACAGUCCAAUUUCUUUCUAAAUGGAUAUAUCAAGCCAAGUGCAUUUGUUCAGCUUUCUGUCCAAAUGGGAAUUGUGGGGACUCUGGGACAAGCUGGCCUAAAGUGGUUAACAGGAAUUAGGACAUCUACUAGUCUUGAUGGGGGGAUCCAGGUGAAGAAAGGGAAAGAGCUCAAAGUUUUCUUGAACACUCCAGAAGAAUCUAUGGAGAUAAUUGAUUUCAGCUCUAAACUCUACUACAGAAUGGUGGAUGAGACAGAGGAUAUAGAUGUCUUCCAAGACCACACAGAGACCAGGUCUUGCACUAGGGAGGAAGUAUCUGAGAUUAUUGGCUGGCAGCUGUGUUCUGCAUUGUCCUAUCCUGGCCCAGCCAGUGGUUUGGUUUUCCCCCUCAGUGGACCUUUGAGAGUGGCUGUGACAUUAACUAAGCAAGACAGAGGCCUGCAGCAGUAUGUGGUGGAAGCUGCCUAUGACCACACAGCUCAGGAGAAUUCAUGGAUCCCUAGUGAAGCUGUCUUUCACUUCUUCCUUGGGACUCCAAAGUCAGACUUGAAAAGAGAUAUUGGUGUUGACCUAAGUUUUAGUGUCCCACAGAAGAAAUUCAGAAUCCAGUUUAUACAACCUAAGAAAAAAAUUGAGAUUGAUGGGAGGAUUGAGUUCUCUAAAAGUUCCCGAGUUGGACACCUGGAGCUGAUAGUGGAUGACCGAGAUGUGUAUUACAUUAAGGGAAUGGCAGAUUUGCAGAUGCUGAGUGGAGAGCAGAGAUACAUGACCCAGCUGGAGGUAAAGCUGAUAAAGCAAAGCAGUCCUAUCAUUUUGUCAGGAAACAUCACUAAACAGCUUGGCAAGAAGAUAGCUUUUUCAGUAUCUCUGAAUAAUUUGUUGAAGGAUGCUGCCUUUCUUUCAGGACUUCUGGAGAAAAAGGUUGAUGAUAAGCAGAGACAAUACUCGUUGGAAGGGGAGACUCACCUGCCAGGUGUUCUUGGAGUUCAUGCCAUUGCUCUUCUCCAGCAGCGUGAGGGAUUGUGGUCUCAUGGUCUGCAGAUUAAAUAUGGACUCCUAGGAGAGGCAAAAACCCCUUGCCACGAGUGCAGCACGCAGCAGAAAGUUCAAGUGGAGACGGGUGCACGGGGCUUCUACAGCCUGGAGCUGGCCCAUGAGUUUCACUGUGUGCAGGCUCCCUCCUACAGCCACCAGGUUCACCUGAAACAUGAAGUGACUGCAUCUUGGAUUUCCUCCCAGAUGGAAGUGAACUAUGGGAAACAUUGGGAUGAAGUAAACAACAAGAAAAAAGUGCUGAUCAGCCAAGCCUUUAAGAACAGUUCCAGUUCAUCUGUAGUCAGCUAUUUCAUGGAGUUUACCAUGCAAGUCCUGGAAAAACAGAUGAAUUAUAGAAUCCAGCUGCAGCACUUGCACACCUCUCAGGUGUAUUUGCAGAGCAGCACCAACUUUGAGGUGCAGUAUAAUGACCAUGUGCCAUUUGUGGCUGGGCUGCAGUGGAAGGAUGCGUCCAGAAAUGGCCUGAAGAAGUGGGAAGGUGGGUUCAGUAUAGACACCCCAUGGCUCUACCUGUACACAGCUCACAAACUGCACCAGCCUCAGCAUUCUGCUUAUUUACUGACAUCCCAGCUGACAGCUGCAAGAGCUCUCUCCAUUAAAGACCUUAUACUGGAACUAUUCUAUAAAGAUCAAGGCAAUGAGAAGGAAGGAAAAGUUCACAUUUACACACCAGCUACCACAUACCUGCAGCUUGAGUUUCCACAAGCAAUGGCCCUAAGUGGGGAGCUGUUCUCCAGGCAGACUAAACUGGAGCACUUGGACUGUGGUGUGAGUGUAAAAGUCAUCAUCAACAAGAACAUGUCUUCACAGGCCCAGGCAGCCCUGAAGAGUUAUGGUGAGAACAAUGUCAAUGGCUCCCUGCACCUUCAUUCCAAUGGAAGGGAAAUGCUGAUGCUGGAGGUUAAUAUGAACAAUGAAAAGAGGAGGAAUGCCAGAAUUGUUGAACUGAGGGCUUUUCUCCAUCAAACAGUCCUGACAAAUCCAGAAUCAGUACAGUUCCAGCUCAUGAGCAAAAUAUUUCCAUCAAGACUUCUGUUGUCUUCUGACUUGAAGCUUAAUGAAAAUAGGCUUCACGUGGAUUUCAUGGGAGCCAGGGAGCAGAAAGUUGGUUUUGUUUUGUCCCUAAAUGGAAGAGUCCAACACACUUUUACUGGAUUAAAGGCCAUACCUCAUCUCCUUUCUCUGGAUGGAUUACUUAAGUGCAAAAACAACAUUCAUGAUGGUAACAUCAAUGUGAUGGUCAACCAAAGACUGUAUGGACUGCAAGUCAGGAACAGGAAUGUGUUUGAGAAUACCACUGUGCACAAUCUCACUGUUGCCAUGGUUCAGAAUGGCAGUCAGGCAAUCCCAGGGGAGGCAAGACUGAAAGGACAUCUGGAACUGAGUAAAGAGAAGAAAAGGGGGCUAGCUAGCUUCCAAGUGGAUGAGAAGGCUCUUUCUGUAGAUUUUUUCAAUAUCAUGGAUCAUGGGCACAGCAGAGUCAGUGGGACUUUCACACAUAAUGUUGACUUUUUAAAAGAUGCAGGGUUGCCUUUGGAUGGCAUUCUUACUGCCACAUGUGAGCGUGGCACAGGAAAUCACACCAUUGCCAUAGCCCUGCAGAGUGGCAGUGAAAGGAUGGUUGCUGUGUUUGAGGGGCACAGAGUGGCCACAGAGCCUCCAACAUCCCAGCUGUCUGUGAGCUUAAAGCACAACAUCUCAAAGAUCAAGGAACAUGGGAUCCCUUUUGUUUUAGAAGCUGCUGGCUAUUAUGCGAAUUUCUCCAGAAAGAUUGCUGCAGGGAUAACAACCACAGUGGAGACAGAGCAGCUCAAGAUUGAAAUAGAGAAGAAAAUCACUGACACUGCUAUAGAAAUUUCUCUUUCACUUCACCAUGAUGUGGGAGGACUGAUGGACAUUGUUCCACAUGUACUAGAGACUCCAGCAAGAGUUUCACUGAAUGGGUCAAUAUUUACCAGCAACUUUACUGUCAUCCUCUUUGGACACGUUUCUUUUCAUGACAUAUUUGCCUGCCUACAACUCUAUGCCACCAGUAACACCCAUCCUCAUUUAGAAAUUGACUUCCAGCAUUCUUUGCCUUCACUUCAUUCUCUGGGAAUUGCCAGAGAGAACCAACUGAAGGUGUCAGCCAUGAGAAGUGACAAGUACAAGGGCAUCCUUGGUAUUGUCCUUGGGCCUUGCACUUUGGAAGCUGAUGGGGAAGUGAGCCUGGCAGGCAACGAGACAGGAUGGGUACUUGCUUUUAUAAACAAGUGCGUCAGUCUAGAGGAUCUCCGUUUCCCAACUCAGUCCCGGCUCACAGGAUCCAUUCAGAAGGACAAGUGCCAGGCAGAGCUGCUCUCUGUCCUGGAAACAGGAGGCAAAACUGCCCAUCUUGAAGUGAGAGCAGAGUGCAAGCCAAAGCUGGCUCUGGAAAUUCAUUUCAGGCAUGACCUCCCCCAGCUGAGGGAAAUCCCAAGGGAAAAUGAGCUGUCCAUCACUGCACGGAAACACUUCAAAUAUCUCAUUGGAGUUGGAAUAAAACUGGGGGCCUGUGAGCUUCAAAUGAAUGGGGACUUUGACCCUGAAAAGAACCUGCAGUGGAAAAUGCUUAUAGAAAACAAAUGCCAAACAAUUCAGGAUCUUGGAGCACCAAUGAAAAUUGAUGGCUCAGGCUAUCUUUUGAUGGAUGAAAUGAACCUAGACUCACAGACACUGAUCACUGUUGAUGAAAGUAAAUUCCGAGGACUCUUUAUACUAAAAGUCACUGAUGAAAGACAAGAGCUGGAUGCAGUGCUAACCCAUAACAUCCAAGGAGCUGCUGACAUUGGCAUUCCCAUGAAGAUGUUACUUGAUGUGAUAUCAGAAAAAACCAAUGACUUCUAUAAAGGAUUUAUCAAUUUCUGUGUGAACAACAAGCAAAUUACAGAAGAACUGAACUUUGUCCAGAAGUUGGAUGUUGUGUCUCUUAACUACAAACUUACUCAUAACAUAGACACAUUGAAGACUUUGCACAUAAAAGACAGGAUUGAGUUGCAGAUAGAUGUGAUUUUUCAAGGGAGAAACACAACUCAAGAGAGAUAUGUGCACAUUGCAGCUGGAGAAACAUCAAUCACAUACAUAAUAAACUCCCAUUAUGUUGGCCACCAAGUGGAUCUGUUCUGCCAGAGUGUGCACAGCAGUGAGGUUCUCCAGGCUUCGGGCUACCCUAAGGCAAUCAACUUGAUUUUCAGUGUACAGAAAUCAGAAAACAAAGCCAAGACUGUCUGUGAAAUCCAGUAUGAUGAGAAAGAUAUAACUGUGACUGUGGAUGUUGACACAGGCUUUGAACUCUCUGGUAUAUUUGUGUUCAUGGCAGAGGUGAAGCAUUCAAUAUCACUUCUCCAUCACCUGGGACUUCCCUUCUCUUUUAAGGUAAAUUAUGAUAUGAGUGAAGCAAAAGGCAAACUCUACCUCAGGAUGGAAAAAAGGGAUUUCAACGUUUCAGCAAAGCUAACUUUGACUGGAAGCAGCUACACCAAUGCCAUUGAGGUGGCACAGACCAUGGCCCAGUUAAAAAUUCUUCCAAGGCAACUUAUGUUUAUGACAAUUUACCAAAAAGGCAACAGAACUCAUCUGCUGAGGCACAUUGCCCUGUGGGAUGGCAAAGAGAUAAAGCUAACAGGCACUUACACGGGACUCUUGCCAAAGCUGCCUGGAGGCCAUGGCAUUCAGGUGGAACUUCUCCAUCCCCUCUCCAUCCCUUUUCCACGGCAUGUCUGGGCCAACUUAUAUGUGAAACAUUCAGCACGCACUCACCAGGAUGUCCUUACUGUCAUUUGGAAUGAAAAGGACAAGAUAUCAGUGUCCUCUUCUCUGAAGAUUGGAAGGCACCGGACAAGCUACAGAGCCACUGCUGCCCACCCAUUUAAUUACACUCUGAAGGAACUGGAGGUGCAUUCCCUGUCAGAAAGAAGGGGCAGAAAGUACAACCAGCAGCUGCAGGUCUCAGGGAAUGCUGGGCAGCCUGCUCACCUCCAGCUGGGGCUGGAGGAUAAAUCCAAGAUGGACAUCACUGCCUGGGGUGGCUGUGUGACACUCUCUGCAGGCCAGCUUCAAAGAAUAUUAAGCAUGGAACACCUGCAUGCAUGUGGGUCUCUAGAGCAAAGACCAACAUUGUUUAGUGAAUACCUAGAUCUGAACUGGGAUGACAAAAAAUUCAAACACAACUUUACAUAUGAGAGAAAUCAACUCUUGUAUCCUGAUACGUUUCAGUUAGAAGCUGUUCUGGAAAAUAUUUUCCUGACUCCAUGUGCCAAACAGAAGAUUCUAGGUAAAAUAGAAACAAACUACACCUCUUGCCUGGAUUACUAUUCAAGCUUUGAGUUCUGUGACCUUCCAAAUGUAAUUGUUUUAUCUGGAAAGCACCAGCUCAACAAAGAUGACAUCAUUUUGCACUCAGAGGGCAGAUUCCACCUUGCUGAUCAUGGGAGAGAUGAGGGGCUGAUUGGAAUAUCCAUAAAGAAUCAGAGCACUGCUGAUGUGAAGAACUAUUCUCUGGAAAUUGAAUUAAGAGCCUUUGAAGAUAUUUGGCUAGGCCUGACAGGAACUGCUGCUUCCUCAUCUGUCCAGAGCCAAAUCCUGGUGGAGGGGAUUAUUGAUCAGAAAGAGAAAGUAAAAGUAGCUGCUUCAAAAGGAAAGGAGUGUUUUCAGUACUACAUGGGGUAUCUGCAAGGGGAUUUGGAAGAAGGAGUGGAAGUCAGUGCUUGUUCCGAUGGGAAACACAUGGCUGCCAUUAACACCUAUCUCAGCAUCAAUGGUAAAAGGCAGGAAAACGUGGGACAAGUAACUCUAGCAGCUGCUAAUGGAAGCUUGAGUUUUCUGGCCCAUGGAUGUGGGGAUCCAGUUCUUAAGGCUGAGGUGAGUGGCUGCCACUGUGGGUGUUUGCUGGCCCUUAAACUAGUACAAACUUUGAAUGAUUUGGAUCCAGCACAAGCAAUUUUAAGUAAGGAAUUCAAGGUUUUAACAAUCUUCUCACAGAACAAGCUUAAUGAAAUUGGAAGCCUUUUGAAAGCCACACUGACUGAGAAGAUAAAGAAGUUUGAUGGAUACCUGUGGAGAUUCAGGAGAUCAGUGCAGCAUGUUGGUUUCCUGUCUGAAGCAGCUGGCUGGCCUCCAAUGGCCUUGCAAAGGGCAGCAGGAUUCCUGCACAGCGGGGCCACGGCUGUCACCCAGGUGUGGAAGCAAAGUGGAAUUGGGCACGUUCUGAGAAGCAGGAUCCCACUUUACCUGGAGAAAAUUCAAGAUGUUGUCCAGCAAAUGCAGAACGAAUUACAAAAGCCAUUAGCAACUUUGAAAGAUGCCUACUACGAUGUAACCUUGAAGCCACUGGAUGAAGUCUGGAAAGAGAAGACAGAAGAGCACAUGAAGAAAAUCCUGGCUUUCUUACCCAAGAUUGUAAAAGAUGCGUGGCUAAUGAAACCAAUUCAGAUGGCAUUAAAGGUUGUGAAAGCAGGCUUGGAUAUGGCUACCCAGCAGGUGCUCAGGUGGGCAGAGGCCACGUUUUCCAGAGCUGUAAGCAAGAUCCGGAAGCCCUUGCUGCACCUGUACAGUUUUUCACCCAGGAACUGUUCAGUGGCAGGAAAGCUGCCAAUACUACCUAAAGCAGACCUGUCCCUGCAGCUGGCAAACGUUACCACUUACCUCAUUGGAGAAAAACUAAUGAGGCCUCUGCAAGACCUCUACAAUCUCAACAUCCUUGCAGAGUACUACAGAAUCAAAAGAAGGAUGAUGGAGAGCCCCUUUGAAUAUCAUGCUAUGAUAGUUGGGAGCAAGCAUCUUGUGACUUUUGAUGGAAAAAUGUAUGAUUUGGCAUCAAAGUGCAGUGUUCUUCUUGCCAAGGAUUUUGUUCACAGUGCUUUCACUAUAAUACUAAAUGAGGAAACUAGGAACUCCAGAUCACUGUAUGUGGAGAUGAAUCAGACUGUGAUCACCAUCUACCCACAACUAAAGAUAUCCAAGAUGUAUAACUUCUCCCUUAUGGAAGAGAACUGCCAAGUCCUGGAUCAAUCCCCUGAAAACAGUACCAUGAAUUCAAGGCAAGGAAUCAACAAAAUAGAAGUAUCUGAUCAGAAAGGAGUUUCUGUCUCUUGUGACUUUCAGUAUGAUCUCUGUACUGUCACUCUGGCUGGGUGGCACCAUGGUGUUUCAGCUGGGCUUUUUGGUACCAAUGACAAUGAAGCUGCAAAUGAAUGGAUGGUGCCUAAUGGUUCCUUCACUGACAAUGUGAAAGAGUUCACCCAGAGCUGGCAGGUAAAUAAGUGCAGUCUUGUACAGAAGAAAGAGAAGCCAUGCCCAAUUACAGCUAAGCAAAACAUCUGCAAAGUGUUCUUUGAAGAACCACAUUCACUUCUUAGGAACUGCUUCAAAGUUGUGGAGCCCGAGCCAUUCUACACCAUGUGCACACAGGACACCUGUGACUCCCCGGCCCUGGGGGCUGCCUGCAGCUUGGCAGCAGCUUUUGUUCAUUUGUGCAACAGGAAUUUUGUCCCUGUGGAAAUCCCUCCACAGUGGUAAGUUUCAUUUCUUUUACCACCCUGAAUAUUCUGACUGCAUUGCUCCAGUACUUACAUGUCUCUGAUGCAAGAACACACGAGAAAAUAAAACUAAUGAACCUGACUGUGGCCAUGAGCAAAACUGAUCCUAUUCCCAGAAAUGCUCUUCUUGCCUCUUGGCUACCUCCCCUUCCUGCUGCUCGCUCACGAGCACACCAGAGCCCAUCCACUGCACACUCUCUACUGCCUUUCUAAUGCUGUC